UAUGUUUGCUCUUAUAUUUAGCAUUCAUUAUAGUGAUUAAUAGUUAAUACUAUUGUUAAUUGAGGUGCUUAAAAAUGGGUGUGUUAGGAAAGAUGGAAGUUGAAGUUGAUAUAAAGUGUUCAGGAGAUGUGUUCCAUCAAUUAUGGGGCACUAAACCUCACCAUAUAUGCAGCAUCACUCCUCACAAAAUUCAAGGUUGCCAAGUGCAUGAGGGGGACUUUGGUCAGCCUGGUUCUAUUGUUUUAUGGAAUUACUCCCUCGAAGGGGAAAAUUGUACGGCUAAGGUGAUAGUCGAAGCUAUAGAAGAGGAGAACAAGUUAGUGAGAUUCAAAAUGAUUGAAGGAUCAAUUUUAAAAGAGUAUAAGAGUUUCACAACAACUCUUCAAGUGGUGGACAAGGCUGAAAUUACUGCAGUAAAGUGGACUGUGGAGUUUGAGAAGUUUGAUGACUAUGGGCCUUACCCGAAUAAAAUCAUGGACUUCAUAAUUGCAAUAACAAGAGAUAUUGAGGCCCAUCAUCUCAAAGAUUGAUGAAAGGAAAUUGAAAUCCUCAAUAUCCCCUAUGUAUCCCAUUGUAUUAUUACAUGUACUUUAUAUUUCUGGUGUGUUCUGUGUGCUACAAUAUUCACUUAUCUAUGCAAAUUUGAAUUUGUAUUGUAUAAUUUGGUGUGCGCUCUAUAAUAUUUUCUCUCGAAAAAUUCACAUAAAAGAGAGAAGUGUUCACUCUUCCAAA